UCUUAUACUGUUUAAGCCGCUGCGAUGGAGAGUUUAUUGUAGCGUCUUUUUACUUCAACGGAGGGCACGAUUCAAAUGCAGUGAUGAAUGCUAUAACCUGAUGUAUAUUGAGAAUUUCUCAAUGAAGAUCAAUUGAUCUCAUUUGAUCGUGUGAGAAUACAUAUACAGUCUUGUGUUGGCGACAGUUGAAGAACGCCAAAGAGAUCGAAGGUUAACAGAAAAAUCGCUAAAAAAGACAAAACCAUACGGAAAUUAAAGUUCCAUUUUGUUUUUAUACUUCAAAUGAUUGUGCUGAUAUGAGUGAUUCUUCUGAGAAACCGACAUUAUGUCUUGUAUGUAAUGAUAAAUCAUCAGGCCGACAUUACGGCGUAUUAACCUGUGACGGAUGUAGAGGAUUCUUUAAGAGAAGCGUAAGAAGAGGUGUUGGUUAUGUGUGCCGUGAAAAAAAUAAAUGUGUCGUUGAUUUAUCCCGACGAAAUCAAUGUCAAGCGUGUCGGAUGAAGAAGUGUUUAGCCGUGGGAAUGAAAAAAGAUGCGGUUCAACAUGAACGUGCACCGAGAAUGCCUAAACAAAAAAUGAAUCAAUUCUCACCAUUUCCACGUGUGGUUGAUUACUCAAAAUUAGCACCAACAAUAUCGCAUCACCUCCCUUCGCGUCAGGUGGCAUCGGAUUCAACUGUUGCAAUGUCACCCCCACAUACGCCGAAAGAACAAAUCUUAAUCUCCACCGCAGAGGAGUUAUACGAAACUGUCAGUAAGUUACUUGUUGAAGCGAUUACUUGGGUGCGAAAUAUACCGACCUUUACCGAGCUUCCUUUCUAUGACCAGACGAUUCUACUUGAACACAGCUGGUGUGAAUUGUUUAUACUUAGUCUGUCAUAUUGGAACAUCCCACUUGAUAUAGAUUUCUUGCUGCAACUUGGAAAUUAUGACGAAAGCAAAAACGACAAGUGCAAUGCUGGUAAAAAGGACACUAUAUCCGAAUUGGUUCAUUUGAAAUCUAUUGUUCAAAAAUUUCGACUUUUAAAUCUUGAUUCAACAGAGUUCGCAUGUGUGAAGGCAGUCAUAUUGUUUGACACAGAACUUCGUGGAAUACGAGCAACCGAGCAUAUCGAAAAGUUUCGUGAUGAAGCACAAGCGAUGUUACAGGGUUACACAUCUUCUCGCGGCAGCACAAAACUGAGAUUCGGAAAAAUCUUAUUAAAACUUCCUUUAUUGUCAGCAAUCUCGACAAGUUUGAUAGAGGACUGCUUUUUUAAAGGUACCAUUGCUAAUAUAAACAUUGUCAGGCCUGAGGAAGGAACAACUAAACCACACUCUCCUUCGCCUUUGAAUUGUGAUGUAAAUAAUAAUGAUGUUACCAUUGACGACGAAGAGAUGGAAAUUGUUAUCGUGGAUGAUGACGAUGAAAAAAUUUUUAAUGAUAAAGCUGCUCGUAAAAAAUUUAAUAUACGUUUUGAUUGACUUGCUUAUAAGCAACACGAGGCUCUAGUCCUUCCAAAAACAGAAGUAACAUCGAGCAAAAUUUUGCGUCGCUUAACUUUGGAUUUUUUUAAAAGCAAUGAUCACAUAUUUUAUUGUGUUUCAGGCGGAUGUGUAAAUCUCUUUUCCAGAACACCUAAAGCCUAUUCAUGUUUAUGAAUAGAAACGUUUCAAUGUCCACACAUUCACACACUUUCGUCUUCAGAUCUUUUUGCAAUAACCCUUGCACCUAACAUUCGCCCGCAAUUGUUUUCCGAUUAUAACUUUUUGAUGGUUUUUUGUCGACCUCGUUUCCAAGUCCCUCUUUGUCAUUCCUGUCUGUCACAGAAAAUCUAAAAACUCUGAGAAUGAGGUUGAAAUAAAAGAUUAUAAACGAAAUGUUCUUGUGCUGAGGAUGUUCUAAUCUUGAUCCCAAUCCAUUUUGCACCCAUAUGAUAAACCUCUCUUACAAAAAAGACCCUGGGGACGAGAGUGGUAAUAUUGGAUUUUAAAAAACAAUAUAUUUAUAUAUUUUAGGCUCUCAGGUGGAGAGCGGCCGGAAAGUAGUUUCUAUGUAUUGCUUAUCACCAGUGUUUUUCGAAAAAAAAAGAUCACACGAACGGAAAACACAA